AUGGGAUUAAAAAUACAAAUACAAAAAACCAAAAAAAUCCUAAAUGGAACUUCGUAUUAUAUAAAGGAAGACUUUCCUAAAGAUGUACUGAUCAAGCGAAAAGAACUUCAAACCGAACUAAAGAAGGAAAGAGCACAGGGGAAAAAAGCUUUCAUAAAAUACGACAAGCUUGUCAUUCUUGAGAAGAAUACCCAAGCUGGCCAGCAACAAUUACCCAACAAAAAAAGACACCUCUCAGAAUCUCCUGAAUCAUCAAAUAACUAUAAUAACAACGAAAAACAAAACAAAAAACAACAUACAAAAAUAAACAAGAAAAAUAAUAUGAACAACUUCGUUAUAAAAAAACCCACGCUUCUUCACCCUGUACAAAGCCCUUCAUAUGAGCAGAACCCAAAUCACAUGAAGACACCCACAGAA